AUGACAUCCACCCGCAAGUUCUGCUGCGACGACUUGUUCCGGUUCAAUAACGUCAACUUGGACGUGCUCACGGAGACGUACAAUUUGUCCUUUUACCUCCGGUAUCUGUCCAAGUGGCCGGACUAUUUCCUCGUACAGAAAGACCCCAACGGCACCAUCAUGGGCUACAUCAUGGGCAAAGCUGAAGGACAAGAUACCGAUUGGCACGGACACGUGACGGCAGUAACGGUCGCUCCGGAGUUCCGACGUCUUGGUCUGGCCAAGAAGCUCAUGGACUACUUGGAAAACGUGUCUAUAGAGCUCUACGACGGCUACUUCGUGGACUUGUUCGUGCGCGUUUCCAAUUCGCUGGCUAUUGGAAUGUACGAAAAGUUUGGUUACUCAGUCUACAGGCGUGUGCUGGGAUACUACUCAAGUGCAGAGGACGGAGAGGACGCUUUUGAUAUGAGAAAAGCGCUUCCUCGAGACGUCGAUAAAAAGUCGGUGAUCCCGUUGCCGUAUCCUAUCACACCAGACCAAUUGUAG